UCUACCAAAAAAAAUUAAAAAAAAAUUCAAACUUUAAAAUGGCAAUUCAAUGAAAGACUGCACAAAAUCCAACCAAACCUCAACAGUGAAAUUAAUACAUUGAGUGGGGGGUGCAGUCACAUAGUCACAUGUCAUUUUCUAAAUUUCUAAAUGAGAGAAUAAUAAAAUAGUAAAUAAAAGAAAAGAAUUUCUCACUUUAUAAUUGCUGUGUGUGUGCAGAGGCAGGGGUUCUUUGGAUAAACCCUUUCCUUUCUUCUGCUCACAUUCUCAUUUUGCAGCAGCUGUGCAAGAGUGGUUUCUUUCCAUUUGGGCACAUCAAACGAGGACACUUGUUUUCCCUUUUCAGAAUUUCAGACCCCCUUUCUCAAGUUGUUUUCUCACUUCCAUCUUUUUUAAUUUGCAGAAGCCCCCCCAACCCUUUUUUUGUCAAUCAUUAAGUAAUAAAAAGAAUGAAUCUUUCAUUCUUCUUUUGCUAAACUAUAUUCAAUGGCCGCCUGCAUGAAACUAAACUCCUGCACACUUCUCCAAACAAGUAUUCUCUGUCUUCUGGCUUUUGAGUUCUUCCUCUUACCAAACUUAACUCACGUGGCUCAAGCUAGGCAUUUCAGCAAACACUUUGACUACACUACGGUGAGGAAUCAAGAAACGGCGGUGAAGAUGAGAGCGGUGAUAGGAUCACGGCCGCCGAGAUGUGAAGGAAGAUGCGAGUCUUGCCGGCGGUGUGAGGCGGUGCAGGUUCCCAUUGUGCCGACGAAGAAGAAAUACCAUAUCGAAAGCAGCCAUUUUUAUGCAAUUGAAUAUUACAGAGGAGAUGAUAUUUCCAACUACAAGCCCAUGUGUUGGAAGUGUAAAUGUGGAGACUUCAUUUUCAACCCUUGGUAAAUUUUUUUUUUUUUUGUCGAUAGGUUUUUUUUAGUAGUUAAAUUCUUAAAUUUAGCUAUAGUCCACUUGUAUGUACAUAGGUAACGUUUUGUCUCUCUAAUUUAUUAGUGAUUAUCGUUUUGCAUUAUGUCAUUCAAAUUGGAUUUCUUGAAAUAAUUUCUUGGAUUCUUGAUUUUUUCUUUUUUUUUUUUUUCUGAAUUUUAAUUGGAUUCUUGAUUCA